AUGGCCUCCCCUUUGCUUACCCCUACUCCGACGCCACCGAUCGCCGCCCUACCUCCGCCACCACCGGAAGCCGACGCCCCCUCGUUGCCCCCUAGCUCUGAUCCCCCUUCUCCGCUCUCGGAGGCGCCGCAGGCGUCCCUCCCCGGCGACCUCCUGGAGGACAUCUUCCUCCGCCUCCCGACCACGACGGACCUCGCGCGCACCUCCGCCGCCUGCGCGUCGUUCCGCGCCAUCACAACGGCGCUCCCCUUCCGCCGCCGCUUCCGGGCCUUGCACAAGCCCCCCGUCCUCGGCUUCCUCCGCGACGACUUCUACCCGGCCCAGCCUCCCCACGCCUCCGCCCCGGCCGCCCGCGCCCUCGCGCAGGGCGCCGACUUCACCUUCUCCUUCCUCCCCGACGCCGCCUGCUGGAGCCCCCGCGACGCCCGGGACGGCCGCGUCCUCUUCUCCGCCGUCCCCAGCUCCCACGGCCGCGGCAACUUCGCGGACGCCACCUCCCCCACUUUCGUGGAUCUCGUGGUCGGCGACCCCCUUUCCCGCAGGUACGUCCUCAUCCCGCCCAUCCCCGACGACCUAGCGGCCUCCGUCGAGCAAUGCGGCAUGCUGGAUUUCGAGCCCUUCCUCGGUCCAGCCAGCGCCGAGGAUCUGAGCAAGGAAGAACCUCCGUUCAGAGUCAUCGGCAAGGUGCUGUGUGAUACCAAGGUCGCUGUCUUCGCCUUCUCUUCGCGCACCGGUAAAUGGCGCAGCCACGGCUCAACCGAGCUGUCCAAAGACUUUGCGCUGGAUGCCUUGUUUGAACGGCGCCACUACGUGCAGGGCUGCUUCUGCUGGCUGUUGGAAUGGGUGGAGAAGUUGCUCAUCCUUGAUGCGAAUGGGAUGGAAUUCUCCAUUAUUGACCUCCCACCCGGCACCGAUGAGAGACGGUUCGCCAUCUUAGAGGCAGGACAAGGCAGGAUUGGGUUGUUAAAUAUUUGUAGGGACACGUUUGAUUCGUACUACAAGAAUUUGCAAAACAAAGGCGAUGGCGCCGAGGAGUGGCAACGCAGCUCGGUAGACCAUCCCUUGCCCGACUAUCACUGGCGCAUCAUAGGUUCAGAUGAGGAGUACAUACUCCUGAGAGGGAUUUCAUUAGCCUGGCCUUGGUUCGGAAACAAUUCUUCUGAGAGUCCCGAUAUAGAAUAUUUUGCACUAGGGCUCAAGGAAUUGAUACUCGAGAGGAUGUAUGUGACGAAGCACAAAAUGUUGCAUGCUCACCUGUAUAGAGGCUUCCCACCACAGUUCUCGGCACCCAGUAUAUGAAUGGUAAACUUGCUACCGUAUACCCCCUUUAUUUUCAGCAGUUGGGAUGUUUCUUAUGGUGUUGAUGUGCUUCGCCAUCCUUGUUCCAAUAGCGCACUUUCUCCUUGUGCACCAAAAUUAUCUUUGUGCACCAAAAUGAAAACAUUUCCUAAAAUUUUGAGAUACUGUCUUUCCAGUUUAUGGUAAUAUUGUUUCCAAAAGUACUAUUGUCUUAUUGUGCGGUUUCAUGUUGUUAUUUUGUGUUCGUUUGCCAAGAUUUAGAGCACAUUGUUCUCAUGUUGGAAUUGGGUGGUGGUGUGGUGUCUGUAUUGCAGCUGGAGAAGAAGGUGAACGAGGUGGCAGCCUGGCAGGCGUUAGAACGGAGCAUGGCGGUGGAGAACAG